AGUCACAAAUGUGCAGAUGAAUGUCAUUGUUGAGCAUGUUUAAUUUAUUAAACGUUUUUAUAAGACAUGUAUCUAAACAAAAUGUUCUCGGUAAACUUCAAUAUUCAUCGCAAGUAUUACCACAGUUUUCUUCGGAGAAAUUCAACAAGACGCGGAAAGAGUUCUCCUUGGUCGAGUUAAAAGACAUAGAUUAUUUCAAAAAAAUACUUGACAAGAACCGAGUAUUGACAGAAGAAAGCGAUGUUUUGCCAUUUAACAUCGACUGGUUUAAAAAUUGCAGAGGUCAAUCGAAGGUCGUAUUAAAACCAAAGAGCGCUCAAGAAGUAUCUCAAAUUUUGUCUUACUGCAAUCAGCGGAAGAUUGCCGUUUGUCCUCAAGGUGGAAAUACUGGUGUAGUAGGCGGAGGGGUUCCAAUGUUUGAUGAAGUAAUACUCAAUUUAUCGUUAAUGAAUCAGAUUAUCAGUUUGGAUGAUAUAUCAGGAACUUUGGUAUGUGAGGCGGGAUGUAUCCUAGAAAAUUUGGAUAACUAUGUCCGUGAGCACGAGCUCAUAAUGCCUCUGGACCUUGGUGCUAAAGGCACCUGCCAUAUCGGUGGGAAUGUCAGCACAAAUGCUGGCGGGAUUCGGCUAUUGCGCUAUGGAAACCUGCAUGGAUCUAUAUUGGGUGUCGAAGCUGUAAAAGCUGACGGUACAAUCGUAAAUUGUCUGAAGACACUAAAAAAAGACAAUACAGGGUACCAUCUGAAACAUUUGUUCAUAGGAUCUGAGGGUACACUGGGAGUUGUAACAAAAGUGGCCAUUCACUGCCCGGUUAAACCAAAAUCGGUUACUGUGGGUCUUUUUGGACUUCAUAAUUUUGAAAAUAUUUUAAAGCUGUACAGAAGUGCUAAAUCCUCCCUGGGCGAAAUAUUAUCUGCAUUUGAAAUGUGUGAUCGUGAUGCAUUAAACAGCAGUUCAAAAUAUCUCAAGCAAAGUCUUCCGAUAUCAGAAUAUCCAUUUUAUGUGUUAGUUGAAACCCAUGGGAGCAAUGAAACACAUGACGAGGAGAAACUAACUCAAUUUUUAUCUAAAGAGAUGGAGAGUGGGCUCGUAUUAGAUGGCACUGUUACUUCCGAGCCAGGAAAAAUGCAGAACAUUUGGAGUUUCCGUGAAAGUAUACCCGCCGCAGAUUUAGCAGGUGCUUAUCUACAUACGUACGAUGUGUCGCUCCCUCAGAAUUGUUAUUACGAGAUUGUACCAUUGUUGCGCGAGAGAUUAGGCAAUAAGGCCAGAGUAAGCGGGUUUGGACACAUUGGUGACGGCAACAUUCACAUCGACGUAAUAGUUCCAGAAUACAGUACGGAAGUAACGAACCUUAUUGAGCCUUUUCUUUUUGAAGAGGUGGCUAAAAGGAAUGGUUCCGUGAGCGCUGAACAUGGAUUAGGAUGCCGUAAGCCACAUUUGAUACACUACAGUGUAGACGAGACUGCGGUACAAUUGAUGCGUGAUUUGAAGAACGUGAUGGAUCCAAACGGUAUCCUGAACCCAUAUAAGGUUCUUCCUGACGAUGGUGUAUAAUAA